UAUAACAGUCUGUCUUCGUAUUUUGAAGGGUUCAAACGUAAAACUGUCUUAUCUUCAAGUGAUACAAUCGACAAAACAUUAAAAAAUGGUUCGCAAAAUUCAUUAUGAUUCAUUGGAGUUGAAUGAGGAAGAUCAGGCGGAAUUUCGCAAGAAAACCAAUAAGAUAAUUGUGGAGGACGAAUAUGGAGGGAGAUUACUGAGAAACCUAAUCUUUUCCCCUGAUAAUCGUACGGAAAGAGAAUUCACAAUCCACAAUUCGCUUAAUCAUGUGAAUAUUGUGAAAUUGAUUCGUAGGGAGGAGGACGAAAAUGCCAAUUUAUUCUUUAUCUAUGAAUAUGCUGAUUGCGGAACUGUUUACAAUUACCUUUGUGAUAUGAAAAACCGAAAUGAAUAUUCCUUAAAGCUAAGCUGGAUGGUGCAAUGUGCCAGGGCUCUAGCUUACAUGCAUGGGAUGAAUCCCAAAAUUGUGCACAAUGAUCUAAGGGCACGUCAUUUGCUGCUAUGCGACAAUUUCAAAACAGUUAAGAUAUUUGAUUUUAGCAAGGCGACUUUGUCGCACGAUGAAUCGAAGGAUAUCCGUAGCUUUGGAAUAUUACUUUGGGAGAUUCUAGUUGCGAAGAGCAAUAACGAUAUGGAAAAUGACAAAGUUAUGCUAGACGCUUUAAUUAAACUGUGCUAUUGCAAACAACCACCGAAAAUGAUUGUCAUUGCAGAUAUUCUGGAAAGUAUUUAUCAAAACAGUUUAAAUGAAAAUGUUUCUUGGAGCAACUUGGAGUUGGGCGAGAUACUUGGCCAGGGCAAUUUUGGACUCGUCUACAAAGCUAGGUGGAUGACACAAAAUGGCACUCGAGAAAUUGCCAUUAAGAGAAUUCUUAACAAUAACAAUGUGGCCAAUGAGCGAGAGGUUAGAUAUUUGAGACUUUUGAAACAUGAAAAUAUCAUGAGAUUCUACGGCACCACAAUGGAUAAUGAGGGGAGAAUAAUUCUUGCUAUGGAAUAUGCUGAUGGUGGCACCCUUGACCAAUUUUUACAUCAUAGCAACAGAACUGUCUCUAAUAAGGGCAAGCUCAACUGGAUGCUGCAAUGUGCCAAGGGUGUUGCUUUUUUGCAUAAACAGCAACCAAUCGUUAUCCAUCGUGAUCUUAAGCCGCAAAACUUGCUACUUUAUAAUAACUAUCGCACAUUGAAAUUAUGCGACUUUGGCACUGUAAGAUCAUUGGCCUCAAUAUCGAUCAAUCUUGUUGGCACGGCCCCGUACAUGGCGCCAGAGGUAUCUGAGCCUCAGCUAAGCACUGAGAAAUGUGAUGUCUUCAGCUUUGGCAUUCUAUGCUGGGAAAUAAUGACCCAAAGGAAACCGUUUGCACACUUAUACCAAUUCGGACCUCAUACUAUUAUAAACAAAAUAAGACAAAAUGAACGACCUUCAAUUGACCAAGUCGAAGACGAAACUGGGCACAUCAAAGCUAUGAUUAAGCAAUGUUGGGAUAUGAAUCCAAUCGUGAGGCCCACAAUGCGAGCAUUGGUUGCAGUUCUCAGCAUUGAUCUGAAUUCUUAUGUCGCAAACAAUAAUAUGAUCAACUUAUUGCAAGACAUAUCAGAUGAAGACUUUGCAGAUCAAGCCCCCAACUAAG